AAAUCACCGCUUGCCCAUUUUCCCAAAUCAAUCGAAACUGCUCACCCUUCUAAUAAUGUCCGAGCAAGAGAGCGCCACAAUCACACCACCAGCGUCGCAGUCGGAGCAAGACUCGGCCAUGGAAGCGCAGUCCAAGGACAACCACCACGACUCGGUGACCAACAACAAGCCCAGCCAGCUGAGCUUCAGCAUAUGGCCACCGGCGCAGCGCACUCGCGACGCCGUCGUCAACCGCCUCAUCGAGACUCUUUCGACCCCCUCCGUACUCUCCAACCGCUACGGCACCCUCCCCCAGGACGAGGCCUCCGCCGCCGCCCGCCUCAUCGAGGAGGAGGCCUUCGCCUCCGCCGCCAGCUCCGCCGCUUCCGAUGACGACGGAAUCCAGAUCCUCCAGGUCUACUCCAAGGAGAUCAGCAAGCGAAUGCUCGACGCCGUCAAGGCCAGGAACGCCUCCGCUUCCGCCGUUUCCGAUGGCGCCUCGCUGAUCGAAGCGGCUGAUCCUCCUUCCGAUGAUCAGAAAGUUAAAGAGUGAAGCGUCUUGAUCUGAUCUUUCUAGAGCUUUAUUUUUUUAGCUUCAUUUGAUGGUGAUGGUACAAUAGGGUUUCUGCUUUGUUUAGAGCUGUUGUACCAAGAUCUAUUAUGUAUCGCUUAUGGAUUUUCGAUGAUGCCUAUAUGACGAAACCUUCUCUUCUAUUAUUCUAGGGUUUCUUGGUUUA